AUGUCGAUUUUAUCUCGUUAUGGAUAUUCAUCAUGGAAUCGAAUAAAUGCAUUAAAUUUAUUAUCAAUACGCACUCAAACAACAGUUUCAUCAUUUAUGAACCAAAAUGGAAUAAUAAGACGAAACAAAUCACCUAUUUCAUGUCGUACUGAUAUGAAAGAUGCACGUCGUAUUAUUGUUAAACUUGGUACUGCAUUAAUAACACGUGAAAAUGAAGAUGGUCUAGCAAUAGGACGUUUAGCAUCAACCGUUGAGCAAGUAUCACAGUUACAAAAUGAAGGUCGACAAAUGUUAUUAGUUACUAGUGGAGCUGUUGCAUUGGGUCGACAAGUUUUACGUAAAGAAGCUAUGAUGACAAUGACGAUGAGAAAAUCACUUUCACCAAAAGAUAUUUUACAAAAUAGUCGUGUAGCUAUACAACGACAAGCAUGUGCUGCUUUUGGACAAAAAGGUCUUAUGUCAUUUUAUGAACGAAUGUUUCAACAAUAUAAUAUUGGUGUUGCACAAGUUCUUGUUACAAAAAGUGAUUUUUAUAAUGUUGAUAGUAGAAAAAAUUUACAAUCUACACUUGAUGAAUUACUUAAUUUAAAUAUAAUACCUAUUUUAAAUACAAAUGAUGCUGUUGCACCAUGUACAGAUACAGAUGCUGAAGUAACAGCAGCAAAAGAUGAAAUUGUUAUUAAUGAUAAUGAUUCAUUAGCAGCACGUUUAGCUGUUUUAAUAUCAGCUGAUUUACUAUUAAUUAUGAGUGAUGUUAAUGGUUUAUAUACAGGACCACCAGAUUUGGAAGGUUCACGAUUAUUAAAUACAUUUUGUCCAAAACAAGAUUCACAAUUAAUUACAUUCGGUGCUCGAUCAAAAGUUGGUACUGGAGGAAUGGAAUCAAAAGUUAAAUGUGCGUCAUGGGCACUUGAUCAUGAUGUUGGUGUUGCUAUAACAAAUGGAAAAAUAGAUAAAGCUAUUUUAAAUAUAAUUGAUGGAAAAAAAAUUGGAACAUUUUUUACAAAAAUACCUAAUCAAUCAUUACCAGUUGAUGUUCAAGCAAUAAAAGGUAACAUAUAUAUAAAGUGGGAAUCAAAAGUUUAA